AUGCUCCGCGACGGCUUCCGGCUUCCAUUUUUGCUUUCGAGGUCGGCUGGAGGCCUGGCCUCUGCGCUUCGCAGCUGCAUCGCCUCUUACGAGGAAGCCCUCUGGAUCGGCUGGCCGGGCUGCGUGCCGAGCUCGGAGGAUCAGGAGCGGCUCACGAAGCGUCUCGCUGAGGCUUCUGCUUCAUGGAACUGCCGGAUGAUCCCGGUUUGGCUCCAGCAGGGUGAUGUGGACGACUUCUACACAGGCUUCUCGAACUCGUCCUUGUGGCCCUUGAUGCACUGGAUGACGACGAACGCGCGCUUCAAGCGCGUGUGGGCCGAGGCAUAUCGCCGGGUGAAUGAGCAGUUUGCAGAUGUCAUCCUCACGGAAGCCACGCCGAUGGACCUCGUAUGGAUCCAUGACUACCACCUCUUCCUGGUCCCGCAGAUGCUGCGCAAGAAGCGCGAUAUCAAGCUGGUACAGGCAGAGGCAGAGAAGUCUGGCUUGGUUCAGCUCGAAAGACCAGGCCAUUUGCCCCCGGAGCUUCCGCAUGCGGACGCUGACGUGAGGCACGUAAAGCGGCCGGAGGGCCUCCCGAGCACCCCGGAGGAUGCAGAGGAGUCAGAAGCACAGCCGGCAGCUGCGCACUCCACCAGCGAGACCUUCGAGGAGCCGAUGUCUUCAAAUUCGCCGAAGGCUGAGCGCCACGCCUUCAAGUCCUGCACGGAUCGCUUGACCUUGCUUGGCGAGGAGGAGAAGCCGGCGGAGGAGGACUCUGCCGAAAAGCCUGGCAGGGAUGGCUACCCAAAUGCAUCGAUGAAGAAGAUGCGGCGAAGCAUCACGCAAGUGGAGAUGGCAAGCAAGCUGCGAAUUGCGUUCUUCCUUCACACCCCCUUCCCAGGGUACGAGGUCCUGUGCGUGCUGCCCCAGUGUGUCGAUGUGGUGGAGGGCGUGCUGGGUGCUGACUUGGUGGGCUUCCAUACCUACAACUACCUGCGGCAUUUCCGGUCGUGCGUCAUCCGUCUUUGCGGCUUCACGCCGGACAUCGACCACGUAGACCAUCGAGGUCAAAGAACUCACUUGGGCGUUUUUCCCAUUGGGGCGAAUGUGAAUGAUAUCAUGGAUGCCAUGAAGACGGAAACCUUCGCACAGCACUUGAAAGAGUACACCGAGCAAUUCCAAGGCAAGAGCUUGGUUCUCAACGUGGAGCGGUUGGACUACUCCAAGGGCCUUCCGCAAAAGCUGGCAGCCAUCCAGAGAUACCUGGAGGAGGCGAAGAAGAGUGCGGAAGAUGAGGAUGCACAGAGGACAGACCGCAUCGAGGAGCUGCAGAAACGCAUCGAUCGGCUCGACAAGCACAAGGCGAACCGCGGGCUCGCAACAUCCAACUUGCGGCGCAUAGGUGCCAAUGUGAUGAAAAUGCUCAUGGGAGACUUCGAGCGUCCGGCAAUGGAGACUGAGUUGGACCACAACAAGACCGUCUUCGUCUUCAUAGCUGUUCCCAGCAGGCGAGACGUGGAGGAGUACCAGAAGAUCGAGGAAGAGGUGCACCGAAGCAUCAGCACCAUCAACGGCAACUUUUCCACCCUCUCGCAUCAGCCGAUCGUCUACAUCCACCGCGGCGUCCCCAUGCCAGAACUGGCCGCCCUCUAUGCGCGAGCUGACUGCUGUCUCGUGACGCCGCUCAUCGACGGAAUGAACCUGGUAGCCAAGGAGUUCAUUGCAGCCAAAGACCGCAGCAUAGACAAAGUGGUGCCAGGCACGGUCGUCCUUUCCGAGUUAGCCGGGGCGGCGCAGGAGCUCUUCGAUGCCAUUGUCGUGAACCCGUACGAUGACGAUGCUGUUGCGGAUGCCAUCGCAAUUGGUCUGGAGCUCACCCGCGGAAACCGCUUGAGCGAGGACCAGCGCUGGGAAGUCACCGAGCGCAUGCGGCAAUCCAUCAUCGAAAACGACUCUGCAGCGUGGGGGCGCAGCAUGCUGGCCGAGCUGGAGAAUCCUUUGCAGGGCUCGCGCAUCGCACGACCCGAGAGACUGGCCAUGCAGUACUUGCAGGAUCACUGCGCCCAGAAGUUCUUUGCAACUCGACCUGGGCUGAAGGCCUUGUUUCUGGACUACGAUGGCACCCUGCGAGAGUUCGAGGCGAAGCCUGAAGAUGCGGUGCCCACCGAAGAGACGCAGGAGAUGUUGGCCAGACUGGCCAGGCGGGAUGACCUGAAGCUUUACAUCGUCAGUGGCCGAAACCGAGAUUUCCUCGAGAAGCACUUUGGAGAUCUGGCUACCCUGACGCUGAUAGCCGAACACGGCUACUUCAAGCGUGGGCCAGAUACCGAUGGGAAAUGGGUGGAGUUCACGCCGUACAGCACGUUGGACUGGAUGGAUAAAAUCCGUCCGGUCCUCGAGAUGUUCACGCGCUGCACCCCAGGUGCAUACAUCGAGCACAAGGCCUCUGCCAUAGUGUGGCAUUAUCGGGAUUGUGACGAGGACCACACUCAGAGACCUCUACAGGUGUAG